AUGUCCUUCUUCGGAUUCGGCAAGAGCAAGGAGCCUGAGCUCACCUCCUCCUCCUCCUCGGAUUCGUACUCGUACGAAGAACCCACGUACGACUACAACGCGUCAGCGGUAUCGUCGUCUUUUGACUCUCCAUCGUCUGCGCCGCCGUCAUCCCUUGGUGGUGCGUCUACUGGCGCCGCAGAAAUGCAGCAGCUGCUGAUGGAAGAGCAGCAACGCGCGCUGAUCCAACAGGCUAUCUCGAAGAUCACGGCUCUGGCCUGGGGGAAGUGCAGUGCUACCAAGCCGGACUCGCAGCUCUCGUCCAAGGAGAAGGACUGUAUUAAGAACGUGACGCUCGCUUACCUGGACACGAGCAUGUUCGUUGUGCACCGCCUCAACAAAUCCGGCAGCACUUGA